GCCGUUGGUGAGUUUUUCCCAUUAUGGCGGAGGGGCCAGCCGUGCGGAUGGACUGUCUCUCCCACUCUGAUGCUUGUUUUGUGUCUUGAGGGAGGGCGUUUUAUUUCUAUUUUUUUACAUUUGCCCACAACGGCCUGGUUCCUUUUCAACUAGACUGCACUUGUGUUUAUCGGCGAAGUCAUGGCAGACCGCAGCGUGGAUUUGUCCGCCCUGCCAAAAGAGGUUAGAGACCAAUUGUCGGAGUUGGAUCUCGAGCUGUCUGAAGGUGACAUCACGCAGAAGGGCUAUGAGAAGAAGAGAGCUAAGCUGCUGGCCUCCUACAUCCCCUAUUUGCCAAAUCUGUCUCUGCCAGAUGUACAGCUUUCCCCGGGCCACAGUGCCGACCCCAGUCCGAGUCCUGAGGCCCCGGGCCCCUCCACAUCUUCAGCCUCCAGACACCACCGUGCACACCGCAGUGGAGGGGCCAGGGAUGACCGCUACAGAUCCGACAUCCACACAGAGGCUGUGCAGGCAGCACUGGCCAAACACAAAGAAGAGAAGAUGGCACUGCCCAUGCCAACCAAGAGACGCUCAGCCUUUGUCCAGUCUCCCAUAGAAACCUGCACACCUCCAGACACAUCUUCUGCAUCAGAGGAUGAGGGUUCACUGCGCAGAAAGGCAGCUCUCAGUGCAAUGCUAGCCCAGAGCCUGCAGAGCCCUGAUUACUGGAUCAACCGUUCCGUCCAAAGCUCCUCCACGUCCUCAUCUGCUUCCUCCACCCUCUCCCAUGGAGAGCCCAAGACCCAGCCCCAGCCCCAGCCCCAGCCCCAACCUGCUGUUUCCUUGUUGGCCGAUGUACUGGCUCACACACGCAUAGAAAACAGUGUCCCCCCAGAUGUGACAUCCUCCACUCCCCAGGAAACAGGGUCCAGGGUGGACCUGCCUCCGGUGGUAAGGGGCAUGAGCCGUGGACAGAGCCGCUCCAGCAUCCUGGAUACUGCCGACGGAAAAAGAAAAGGCGUUCCUGUCAACAGCAGGGUGUCCACUAAGAUCCAGCAGCUGUUGAACACACUCAAACGGCCGAAGAGACCACCACUCAGCGAAUUCUUCCUCGAUGACUCUGAGGAAAUUGUAGAAGUGCCCCAGCCGGACCCCAACACCCCAAAGCCAGAGGGACGUCAAAUCAUCCCAGUGAAGGGGGAGCCCCUUGGAGUGGUCAGUAACUGGCCUCCUGCCCUGCAGGCUGCCCUGGCACGUUGGGGGGCCACCCAGGCCAAGAGUCCUGCCCUCACUGCUCUGGACGUCACUGGCAAACCCCUCUACACACUCACAUAUGGAAAACUAUGGAGUCGCAGUCUGAAACUGGCCUAUACACUGCUGAAUAAACUGGGCACCAAGACAGAACCUGUCCUACAACCUGGAGAUCGGGUGGCACUGGUGUAUCCUAACAGCGACCCUGGCAUGUUCUGGGUGGCUUUCUAUGGCUGCCUGUUAGCUGAGGUCAUCCCUGUGCCCAUUGAGGUACCACUGUCACGACAGGAUGCAGGCAGCCUGCAGAUUGGCUUCCUAUUGGGUAGCUGUGGUGUUAGUCUGGCGUUGACCAGUGAGUUGUGUCUCAAAGGACUGCCAAAGACACCAAGCGGAGAAAUCAUCCAGUUCAAAGGAUGGCCAAGGAUGAAAUGGGUAGUGACAGACACCAAGUAUCUGACCAAACCAUCCAAAGACUGGCAGCCUCACAUCCCCACUGCUAACACAGACACCGCCUACAUAGAGUACAAAGCAAGUAAAGAGGGGACAGUGAUGGGAGUUGCUGUGUCCAAGACCUCCAUGCUGACCCACUGUCAAGCCCUGACGCAGGCCUGUAACUACUGUGAAGGUGAGACAUUGGUCAAUGUGUUAGAUUGCAAGAAGGAUAUGGGCAUGUGGCAUGGCGUCUUAACGAGUGUCAUGAACAGAAUCCACACCAUCACAGUGCCAUAUGCUGUCAUGAAAGCAUGUCCCAUGUCCUGGGUGCAAAGGGUCCACAUUCACAAAGCACGCGUGGCCUUAGUGAAGUGCCGUGACCUCCACUGGGCCAUGAUGGCCCACAAGGACCAGCGGGACACCAACCUGUCCUCCAUACGUAUGCUUAUUGUGGCUGAUGGAGCAAACCCAUGGUCUGUGUCGUCGUGUGAUGCCUUCCUGAAUGUGUUUCAGUCUCAUGGUCUGAAGCCUGAGGUGAUCUGUCCAUGUGCCACCUCUCCUGAGGCUCUGACUGUGGCCAUACGCAGGCCUGGUGCACGAGGAGCUCCUCUACCAGCCAGGGCCAUCCUGUCCAUGGGCGGGCUGAGCCACGGGGUGAUCAGGGUGAACACAGAAGACAAGAACUCUGCUCUCACUGUUCAGGAUGUGGGCCACAUCAUGCCUGGAGCUCUGAUGUGCAUUGUGAAACCGGAUGGGCCUCCUCAGUUGUGCAAGACCGAUGAAAUAGGAGAGAUUGUGAUCAACUCUCGGGCUGGAGGCACCAUGUACUACGGCCUGCCUGGUGUCACCAAGAACACAUUCGAGGUGAUUCCCGUCAACCAAGCUGGAGCACCCAUAGGAGAAAUUCCCUUCAGUCGGACUGGUCUGCUUGGAUUUGUAGGACCGGGCAGUCUGGUGUUUGUUGUGGGGAAGAUCGAGGGGCUGCUGAUGGUGAGCGGGCGACGCCACAACGCCGACGACCUGGUGGCCACCGCGCUGGCAGUGGAGCCUGUCAAAACAGUUUACAGGGGAAGGAUCGCUGUGUUCUCAGUGACGGUGUUUUAUGAUGAGAGGAUAGUAAUUGUGGCAGAGCAGAGGCCUGACGCCAGUGAGGAAGACAGCUUCCAGUGGAUGAGUCGAGUACUGCAGGCCAUUGACAGCAUCCACCAGGUCGGCCUGUACUGCCUCGCGCUCGUCCCGGCCAACACCCUCCCAAAGACGCCCCUUGGAGGCAUCCACAUCUGUGAAACCAAGCAGAACUUUCUGGAGGGAAACCUGCACCCCUGUAAUAUCCUCCUGUGCCCGCACACCUGUGUUACCAACAUGCCCAAGCCACGUCAGAAACAGCCAGUGGAUGUCGGCCCUGCUUCUAUGCUGGUUGGCAAUUUGGUGGCAGGGAAGCGGAUCGCCCAGGCUACAGGCAGAGAGCUAGGUAUGGUGGAGGACCAGGAUCUGAUCCGAAAGCACCAGUUUUUGUCUGAAGCUCUGCAAUGGAGAGCUCAAACCGACCCAGACCACGUCCUAUAUGUGCUGCUCAAUGCCAAGGGGGUGGCAGUGUGCACAGCCACUUGUGCUCAGCUGCACAAGAGAGCAGAGAAAAUCACAGCUACCCUUAUGGAGAGAGGAGGCCUCAACACAGGAGACAAUGUGGUGCUGCUUUAUCCCCCAGGUAUUGACCUGAUAGCUGCCUUCUAUGGCUGUCUUUAUGCGGGCGUCAUCCCUGUGACAGUGAGGCCACCCCAUCCACAGAACCUGGCUGCUACUCUCCCCACUGUCCGCAUGAUCAUCGAUGUGAGCAAAGCAGCCUGCAUCCUUACCACUCAGGCUCUCAUGAGGAUCCUCCGGUCCAGGGAGGCUGCUGCCAGUGUCAACAUCAAGACGUGGCCCACUAUCAUUGAUACAGAUGAUCUUCCCAGAAAGCGGCCUCCGCACAUUUAUAAACCCCCUACAGCUGAGAUGCUGGCCUAUCUGGACUUCAGUGUGUCCACCACAGGCAUGCUGACUGGAGUCAAGAUGUCCCAUGCUGCAGUCAGCACUCUGUGCCGCUCCAUUAAGCUGCAGUGUGAGCUCUACUCAUCACGCCAAAUAGCCAUCUGCCUGGACCCGUACUGUGGUCUGGGCUUCGUCCUGUGGUGCCUCUCCAGUGUUUACUCAGGUCACCAGUCCAUCCUUAUCCCUCCCCUGGAGCUGGAGAGCUCGCUGCCUCUGUGGCUGAGCACGCUCAGUCAGUACAAGAUCAGAGACACCUUCUGCUCCUACUCUGUCAUGGAGCUCUGCACCAAAGGCCUGGGCACCCAGACAGAGAUGCUGAAGGCACGGGGUCUGAAUCUGUCGUGCGUGCGGAGCUGUGUGGUGAUAGCAGAGGAGCGUCCUCGCCUCGCUCUCACGCAGUCCUUCUCCAAGCUCUUCAAAGAUCUUGGCCUGUCGCCGCGCGCCGUCAGCACCGCCUUCGGCUCCAGGGUCAACCUGGCCAUUUGCCUGCAGGGCACUGCUGGACCAGACCCCUCCACGGUCUACGUUGACAUGAAGUCUCUGCGCCACGACAGGGUGAGGCUGGUAGAACGAGGAGCGCCACAGAGUAUUCCACUCAUGGAGUCUGGCACUAUCCUACCAGGAGUGAGGGUCAUCAUAGUCAACCCGGAGACCAGAGGCCCACUGGGAGAUUCACAUCUUGGGGAGAUCUGGGUGAACAGCCCUCACAGUGCCAGUGGCUACUACACCAUCUAUGGGGAGGAGAGUCUGCAGGCGGAUCAUUUCAACACAAGACUCAGCUUUGGGGAGCCCCACACUCUUUGGGCCAGGACGGGCUACCUGGGCUUCAUCAAGAGGACUGAGCUCCUGGACGCAAGCGGAGAUCGUCAUGAUGCCUUGUUUGUGGUGGGCUCUCUUGAUGAAACGCUGGAGUUGAGGGGGCUGCGCUAUCACCCCAUAGACAUCGAGACGUCUGUGUCCCGAGCCCACCGCUGCAUUGCGGAAAGUGCUGUGUUUACAUGGACCAACCUGCUGGUGGUGGUGGCGGAGCUGAGCGGCUCGGAGCAGGAGGCCUUGGACCUGGUGCCCCUCGUCACUAACGUGGUUCUGGAGGAGCACCACCUCAUCGUCGGGGUGGUGGUCAUCGUGGACCCCGGGGUGAUCCCCAUCAACUCCAGAGGAGAGAAGCAGAGGAUGCACCUGCGAGACUCCUUCCUGGCAGACCAACUGGACCCCAUCUACGUGGCCUACAACAUGUGAUUCACCAACUGAUGAGAGUGCAGAAAACUGAGCCAGGCUCUGGGAACAGACGUGAGGGAGACGGACUUGGGGCGUGCGUUCAGUAGCAUCCCCGAUGUUUAAGCUCAGAUACACGUUCAGAACACCAAACAAUGUGAGAAAGCAAGUAUUGUAACAAGAGCGCGCUUCCCUCUCAGAAACCGUUUCUUCUUUGCUUCCACCUGCUGCAGUCCAGGUUCACUGAGAUCUACUGAGUGGGACGGAUAUUUUCUCUCGUCUUGAUAGUAGAUCCACCUGUCAAAUGGAGGAAAUAUGAUGUUGAUCAUCUCCAUGCAUCCCACUUCUCCUUCAUAGCUCAGUUCAUGUUUUUAAAGACAUUUUUCUUCCAUUCCUUGGUUGUUAUCCUGAACCACUCAUCCUCGUGUGCUUCUUUUUUUUUUUUAAACCCCAUCUUCUUUCUUGAAGGCAGGAUGGCGCACUAGAACUGCUGAGAGGAGCUUGAACUUUCACCCUCUUGCACUUUUAGUCCUUGCACCUCUGAGGCGCUUCCUGCCUACCCUGCCUCAAGGGGGACACCCCCCAUGUUUGCUGCUUUCAUGAGAGCAAAUCCACAUCAGUAUUCAAAAGUGCUACCAGCGAGUACAGAUUACCUUCUUCUACCAGGCGCACCUCGGCUCUCCCCCUCCCAUCACAUACUGGAUUUGCCUGCAGACAUGCUUUCGGCAUUCAUGCGUUACAAAAUGUCCUAAAAAACUAUUGUUGGUGUGGGGAAUGAAAGACUUUGCUUCUUAAACAUAAAAACCUGGAUAUUAAAGGCGAUCAUUGACGGGAGGAAAACGCAGAUACAUUUUCCGGUGCAAGUUGGUACGUUAGUUAGUCCUUAUGUUUGUGAAGUACUAAUACAUUUUUUCCAAAAGCACAGAUUUUCUGAAGAAGAGUUUAAGGGAUUACUGGUGUUUAGGUGUGCAUGCUAAUUUGGAAUACAAUCAAUAUCAACAUGCAGGCAAAAAAAAAAUAAAAAAUAAAGGAUAAUUUACCAGUUUCAUGGCUUGAACUGAAGCGAGCCGCUAGCUUUCGGUCUGCCUGUAGUAUCCCACGUUAAAGCAAAGCGCGUCUUUCACUUAAUGUUAGCGUUCCAGUCGGUUAGAUAAACAUAGAUCAUCAGAAGGCAAGUCAGUGACUUAUUGCACCAUGAUGACGUUUAUGAUUAUGGACUGUUGAAUUUCUUAAAAGAUAUCAAGAACCAGGACAUAACUUUGCCUUACUAAACCUUUGGAACGUCAGUUAUGUUCUAUCCCUCAUUUCUAGCUGUACUAUUAGUGUAUGUAAAGGACUAUUCCACUUUUUUUUCAUACGUGGAAUCAGAAGCCAGUUUAUAACUCAAUAGACACUCGUAUAUAAUUUUUUAGAAGAGGGGGUGGGGGGGGGGGGUGUGUCUCAUUCUUUUUGCGAAGACGUUUGCAGUCAUGCCUUUCUCAUUUCAUCAUUAACAUUUAAACCAAUUCUUUCUGAAUGUCUGUAACACUGAAAACAUUUUUUUUUUUAAUUUUAAUUAGGAAUAAACAACACUCCAUAAGCAACCCGUGAUUUAAAAAUGGCAGAAUCCUCCUUUAUAAAAA